CUCCUCGACUCCUACCAGGAGGCGCUCGACAGCAAGCCCAUCCUCACGAAGGCGUCGACGUCGCUCGUGGGCUUCGCCGUCUCCGACGCGAUGACGCAGGCGUUCAUCGAGAAGGGCGACUUCGACCUGAAGCGCCUCGUGAAGAUGGCGUCCUUCGGCUUCCUCCUCCACGGCACGACGGGCCACUACUUCUACAACUUCCUCGACUCCGUCAUGGCCGGCGCGACGCCCGCGUUCGUCGCGGCCAAGGUCGCGAUCGACCAGACGCUCUGGGCGCCGUGCUUCAUGGUCAUGUUCUUCACCUACAUGAUGCUCUUCGACGGCACGCCCGAGCUCAUCGCCACCAAGUGCAAGAACGACAUCUUCACGGCCGUCAAGGGCUCCUGGAUGACCUGGAUCCCCGCGCACACGAUCAACUUCGCCUUCGUGCCCUCGGACAUGCGCCUCCUCUACAUCAACGCCAUCCAGAUCUUCUUCAACAUGUUCAUGUCCGUGAUUGGCAACAAGUCCGCGUAG